UCCUAUGAAAAUGCACGUGAAAUUCAAGAAAAAAUGCGUCCUUCAAUUGAUCUUGAUCUGGCAGUUACCUAUAGUAAUAUGGGUCUUCUAUAUACAAGCUUAAAUGACACUUCGAAUGCAUUAUUAUAUCAUCAAAAAGCUCUUGAAAUACGAACAAAAAAUCUCGAAGUAAAUCAUCCAGAUUUAGCUACUACUUAUAACAAUAUCGGACUCGUAUAUGAUCAAAGACAAGAAUUUUCAACUGCUUUGUCAUAUUAUGAAAAGACACUUAAAAUCUAUACACAAAUUCUUCCAGACAAUCAUCCUUGGUUGGCUACGACUUGCAAAAAUAUUGGUCUUGCCAAAAUAUCGAUGGGAGAAUGUAUGAUUGGACUCAAUAAUCUUUGCAAAGCAAGAGAAAUACGAAAAAUAGCACUUCCUUCUAAUCAUCCAUCAAUAGCUUCUAUAUGUGGUACCAUCGGUGGAAUAUAUCAAGAAGCAGGAGACUAUACCACUGCACUCAAGUUCUAUGAAGAAGCAUUAGAUAUUGGAAAAAGAGCUCCACAUAUCGAUUAUGCAUGUUUGGCUAUGACUUAUUACAAUAUGUCGAGAAUAUUGAAUGAGCUCAAACAAUAUGAUAAGGCCCUGAAAUAUGCUGAACUUGCGGUGCAAUCAGCUAGUAAAUCUUCAAUGACAACGAAUUCCGAUGCAGUAAAGUUUAAGAAAAACUUCGAACAACUUCAAACAAAACGAUUAUGA